UCUCUAUGGCGCCUACGUGAUUAUGAUUUGCAAGGAAAAUCAUAACAAUAAUUCAACAGACGGACCGGAAAGAUGGAAGUAGUAUCUUAUCUGUACAUUGCUAUCGCGGGCUUUCCAUUCUCGAGGCCUGUAAAUCGUGAGUGGUUGACGACUGAUGUAGCUGCGAUUUUCGCUUGAAUUUGUGUUUUGAAAACGUGCAUUGUUCAGGAGGUUACUUUCGAUUUUUCGUAGGUGGGAAAAGUUAAAUUUGGGCUUAUUGUGUCAAUUCACUGAUUAAUGCGGCAGUGAAGGGUUUAUCUUCGGUAUCAUGUGUCAGUGCUGUGUGCCAAGGUCAGAUAUGCCAACCGUAUCAAGAUGCUCAUUUCAAGAAAUUUCUGAAUUUGUCAUCGCGCAAGUGCUAGGGUUGGUUUAAAAUUUACCUCUGAAAGAAUGAAUGGUUUGCCCAUAUUUGAGCAUCAAGUGGCUGGGAGACACUCGUCUUCGACUAGCAAUCUUCUCCGUGGGCAAUAUGGAAGAGUGUUGAAGCCGUACAAAGUCAAACGUCUGUCACAGGAUCCCUCAACACACGCAAACAAAGAAACCAAUAACAUAGAAAACAAAAAUUUCAGUCGGCAAGGCGUAGUGUGCGAGGAUGAACACCAGUUCUAUGAGCUGUGCAGGCAGCAGGGACAGGAGUGGGCUGCGCUCAGGGAGCUCAUGCCCGCAUACUUCGGCGAGACUCUCGUCCACACCGACGGAGUCCCUACGCGUUACGUGGAGCUCGAGGACCUGACGUGCAGCUGCGCCGUGCCCUGCGUGGCCGACCUCAAGAUGGGCACCAGCGUCGACUACCCCGGCAAAUAUGCGCGCAAACUCUGCCCUGAGAAGGUGAAGUAUCCGAGCUUAAAGGAGAUCGGGUGGUGCAUCGCAGGCUUACGCAAGUCGUCUCCAGGGGGCGAGUUGCUCCACAAGUUCGGCCCUGAGACUGGGCGAGAGCUCUCCACUGAACAGGUCCACCGCGAAUUGGAGGAGUUCUUCUGGGGAGACAAGGGUUCUGAGAAACGACGCGUGCUGAUCACACGAAUAAUUUCCGCUCUCGAGGAAAUCCUGCGCUGGUUCAACACACAACGCAAGUUCUGGUUCCGGAGUAGCUCCAUACUUGUGAUAUACAACGCUGAAUAUUUCUGCGACCCAUACAGUGAGAGAAUAGUCGAAGAACCGGCGUUAAAAUUAGACGAACAAAAUUCUGAAAGACCGCCUGUAAAAUCGUGUACAGGAAAUGUUGGAGAGAUGGAGAUCUUCCCGGAACGAAUAAAAACUAUUAAUGACUCAUCUUCUUCUCAAGAUAUAGUUGAGGUUUCCGGACAACGAACAGUGAUUAAAGACCAAAAUUCAGAAAUCAAUUCACCAUCGCAAAAAGACCUGUCGUCAAUAUGCCAAAGAUCUGAUAAAGACGCAGGAUUCGCCUCUCUUCAAAGGAAGGAGUGCGACGAUGACCAGCUCAUCCUACGCGUCAAGAUGAUCGACUUCGCUCACGUCCUUGACGCAGCGGGAGAACCGGACCAUGGAUAUAUUUUAGGAUUAAAUAACCUCAUAGAGUUCAUGAAAAAACUUUAUUGAUGAGCUUACAUCAUUUAUUAUGAGGGAAGAAACUCGGUGCGUGUGGUUGACGUAUCUACAUAACUGAUCAGGUUAAUUUGAAUCGGUUUUAUGAGGGAAACUAAAUUAUUAUUGAAUAGCGUGAUGAGCACAAGAACAAAUGGGCCUCGGCAAUAAUGCUAUCAAUCUGCCUAUUCAAUUACCAAUACGACUCUCACGAGAAUAUUUAAUGAAAAAUACCGGCAUUUGGAGAAUGAAAACUUGCUGUGUUAGUGAAUGGGAGGUAGAGGUGUUUAGUGACUGAAAGAAAGCGGUGUUUAUAGUGAAUUUGCUCAAUGUCGUACAUAUCUACCUCGUCGCAGCCCAGGAUUUCGGCAGUGGCAGAAGACAUUUAUGAUGAAUAAUUAUCGUUCAAUCUUUUUGGUAUAUUUCUAUUUUUAACAUAUAUGUAUACUGUAUUAAAUGUUGCGAGUUCCACCAGGGAACUUUUGGAUUGUCUUUUUUUAUUAGGGUUUUAGUGCAAUUCUAUUGGAUUAUUAGAGCAUCAUACUCAUUAGAGCAUCAUACUCAUUAGAGCAUCAUACUCAUUAGAGCAUCAUACCCAUUACAGUAUCAUACUCAUUCCAGAAAUGCUAAUUAUUGUCUACUUUAACAUGGUAAAUUUAAAUAUCUUUAUCAGUUCUGAAUAAAAAUGAAAAUCUUGC